AUGGAUCCGAUUACAGCAUUUCAAGUCGCUGCCUCAGUCAUAACCUUCGUGGAAUUCGGGCGCAAUAUUCUCACUGAAGCCCGUGAGGUAUACCAAUCUCCGUCGGGGACGCCGUCAAAGGUCGUUCAGCUGGGCCAAGUCGUAAAAGAUAUCGCCGCUGCUGAAGAUAGAGUGUCGGAAUCCCUGAUCAAAAGUGCUCCAAACUGCAGCGCAGCUUCCCAUGAAAAGCUCUUGAGGCUAUGCGGAGAAUGCAAUACCAUCAAGAAUGAGUUUCAGCAAGCUCUGACCAGGUUUCAAGCACGAGGAAAUAACAAAUUAAAUCAUGCUGUUAGCAGCGUUUCUGUAGCAUUUAAGACGAUUUGGUCUCAGAGCAAGAUUGAUGAGCUUGAUCAACAGCUUCGACGGAUACAGUCAGAAAUGACUAUGGCUGUUCUUAUGUCGCUUUGGCUCGACAACGUGAUGCAUGAUCUGAUACAGACCUCUUAUGGGAACACUCCAGAGGGUAUCGAUAAUCGGACCCAGCUACUCUGGGAAGUCUACGCUUAUGAAUAUACCCAGGAAGGCCUUUUGCGCACUCUCCUCUGGCAGUCUUUCAAAACCAGACCAGAAUUAAUUCCUGUCGUGGCUCCGCACCGCUGGACAGCAAUGUUCGCUCUACAUGGCUUGGGAGGCUCCUCUCCUGAGUGGACGUUGGACGAAUUAGAAGAAACAUUUCGGAACCUGGCUUCACUUAACGGCUCAUCUUUCAACUUGACUAUGUUUAUUGACGGGCUUGAUGAGUUCGAUGGCGAGCCUGAGGCUUUGGUAGGAUGGGUGAAGCGGGCUGUCGAGAAGUUCGGCAUCAAAGCUUGUGUUGGAAGUCGCCCCUGGACUGCUUUCGCCGAUGGCUUUGAACAGCAUCCUUCACUUACUAUGCAGCAUCUUACAGCAUCAGAUAUCGAAGCUUACGUUGAUGGCCAUUUCAACACCAGCCCGGCUUUCAAACAAUGGCAAGCCAUAUCUGUUAAAGAGACAGAAAAGCUACGACAACAGUUUCUGAUCAAGGCUGACGGAGUUUUCCUCUGGGUCUAUGUGGUAGUAAAGGACCUCAUGUCAGCUUUAGCUAGAGGCAAGAGCUUGAAAGAACUCCAUGCGAUCCUGGAUGCUUUACCUGUGGACGUCAUAAAGAUGUACACCAAGAUAUAUGAAAACCUUGACCCAAAUGAAGCCGCAACAGCCCCUCGCUAUCUCGCCGUACGGCUCGCUUCCGCGAUCUCGCUCACUACCGAUGUAUUAUGGUCUAUUGAAGAGAAAUCGACGGCUCCUCCACAUGAUCUGUAUGAGCCUGACCUGAGGGACGGCAUAAUCGAGAGACGUCUGGAUAGCUCCACACGAGGGAUGUUGGAGCUCUCAAGAGGCUACAUCGAAUUCCAUCGCAGGAGCGUCAGGGAGUGGUUACUACUCGAUGAUGUCUCGCAGCUAAUGGAUUCCAGGCUCCCUACAGAUUUUAAUGCAACCAUUUUGCUAUUGCAAGAGCACAUCCGGGGCUUGGGCUAUUACGGCUCUUCGUGUUGGGGCUACUUCCGGCCUUUCAAGGCUGAGGGAGUAGUUGAGUCAUUCUGGGCUGCUAUCUCCAUAGCCUUUCAAUAUGCAAACAUGGCCAGGGGAUCGGCGGCUUCAAGGUUGAUGCAGAGAAUGAAGAACACGAAAGCCCAAGAGCACCAUACGGCUUACCAAUGGUUUUUCUCCCAAGACGACAACUUCCGGAUCACUGCAGAAGAUAGCUUCGUUGGUGUGGCUGCUCAGUACGCUGUAGUUCCUUAUGUAAUGGAGAAAAUCAAGGAGAACAAACAACUCAUCAAACAAAGAGAUGACCAAAGAUCGCUUCUCCAUAACGCGAUUUUCGGGUUCCGGAUGUACCGAGAAUGUUGGUUUUAUUUUAAAGAAGUUGAAGAUGAGGACGGGUCAUAUUAUCCAAGAUUGGAAUUGGUGAAGGGGUUGCUGGAUGCUGGAGCAGCGACAAAAAGGCAUAUACAUCUUCCAAAAGCUGGCCCAGUUUAUCAAGUCCCAGAAGAUUUUGAUUACAUAGAUGUUAUACAGAGUCUUCCAAAAGAUGCACGAGAGGCGACUGGACCAGAAGAGUAUUGGAAUGAGUUUAUACGACUUCUCCAAAAGAAGAAGAGAUGGGAGUUUGGUCAUCGAAAGAAUCAGUCGACUACAUAA